AUGGCGGUGUCGAUACAUCACUUUGUUAUUUCUUGUCGCAGUCCUAGCGAGACAUGUGAACUGUUUUGCCAGAAAUUUUCUUUUCGAAAAUUUGCUAUUUGCAAGCAACUAGGUCAAGGUGUUAAAAUUGCUGCAAAGAUUUCCGAUGAUAUUGUAGCAGUUUUUGAGGAAAGACCGAAAAAUGCAUCGCAUGAUAGUGUCUAUGAUGUCGCCUUAGUGGUGGAGGAUUUUGUUGAAAAACAUGCAACAGCGGUUAAAAAUGGAGCACACUUUAUUCAAUCGCCAACUCGGAUUGAAGAUCAAUAUGGUUAUAUCGAUUAUGCUAUAGUUAAAGUGCCUGCCGGAAACAUCCAACAUACACUUUUAGAUGUUAGCCAUUAUGGUGGACAAUUUUUACCUGGCUAUCAGCCUAUCAAUGACGUGGAGAAUGUCAAUUCACCUACGACUGAAUCCAACCAUCAACUGGUAACGCAUAUCGAUCACGUUACUUGUAUCUGUCAUCAAAAUACGACCGUUCCGCUGUUAAAUUGGUAUCAGAAAUGUUUCAAUUUUAGUCGAUUCACUAUUAAUGCCGAUGAAGAAGAAGAUGGGUAUACAUUAAAUGAUUUACAUAUCAAAAUGAUUGCAGCUCAAUAUUGGCUAUGUACCGAACAAGGUAUUCAAUCGUCUAAUGGUCGUUUUAAGUUCCUUCUUGCAGAACCAUUAGAUAUAUCAGUUAACAACCAUGUCAAUGGAUUCCUUAAGGAACAAGAAGGCUCAGGAAUACAACAUAUAGCUCUCCAUACGGAAAAUAUCACUAAUACUGUCGGCCAAAUGAAAGCUGCCGGUACAGCAUUUGUUACACCACCUGAUACAUACUACAAUAACCUUAAACAAGCUGAUAUCCAUGAAACUGUCAAGUUAUCUGCAGAAGAUCUUAAAGAGAAUAACGUCUUACUUGAUUUUGAGCUUGAUAAAUGCGAGAAUGAGGGUCAUAAUAGUAAUGGCCAAAGAAGACCAGAUGCAAAGUAUUUAUUGCAAGCGUUUACUCGACCUCUUCUUGAUAAGAAAAGAUCGUUUUUUAUGGAAGUUAUUCAACGGUUUGGUGCUCGUGGCUUCGGUGGAAGUAAUAUUAGGAAAUCAUUUACUGCAAUGGAAGAUAAUAAUGGAAUAGUGAACGAUACGUAG